AUGGCAUGUGAAUCGCUGCGUGUGGAACAAGUGGAUGCGAACAUACUGGAUGGCGAAUAUCGGCAGUUGAUGGAGCAGCAGUUUGAACGUCUCGUCGCAGAACUUCCAGUUGCAAUCAGCCAGAUAUGCGAUCGGAUCAGGCCGGAAAUCCAGUUGCUGAUCGAUGGAUUGAUAUGGACAAAUAGAGUUUACAGAGGAGCCUCCGCAGGUCAAAUCGAGGUGGAUAUUGCAUACAAAGAAUAUCCUCCUAUGAAAAUUUCACUACAUUUCCUACUGUCCAUGGUUCUGCCAUACAUUGCUACGCGCGCAUCGUCUUUGUUGGAGCACUCGGCAGCUAACAUGUUUGUUUCGAAGACAACUGCCAUGAUUGAGGCGAUCCGUGUUCUUCACUACUUGAAUUUUCUCCGUGUUGGUGGAUACAGUACGCUUGUUGAAUCAUUCUUGAAUCUGAGGAACUGGAACAAUAAUCCUCCUACUAUUGGUUCGUAA